AUGGAAGAGAAUCAAGAAUUAGAAACCAAAAUUGAAACAUUGAACGGUAUGUAUAUCUUUAACACUUCGGCGGCAAAGAUAGUUCCAUGUAUACUAACGAUAGCAGAAGCUGCAAGUUGGCUUAGGCAACUAAUAUCGACAAACUCUCUGAAUUUAGAGUCUAUUCACGAUAAACUAGAUUCGCUUUUCCCGGUGGCGAUAGAUUAUAACAAGUCUCUUAAAACAUGCAAGUUAAAUCUGCCACUUCCUGACAUUGUUCAGCGGUUAGAAAGUACAGCUUCAUGUCUAUGGAAUGCCGUUGCAAUAGCCAUCAAAGUGGAAAAAGAUGAAGCGGCGGGUCAAAUGCUGUGUUAUUCCAGGUUGUUCGUUUGUGUUUUACUAUCAAUUCAUGAAACGCUCAUACCUAGCAUAGAGCGGAAGUUGAGAGUGACUCAAUGCUAUGUCAGCACUCUUAAAGUUACUAUAGAUCAUGGUUGGAAUCAGCUGCACCAAAUGAUUAAUGUUCACUUGAAAGAAAAUUUGAGUUGUUUAACGGAGGCGGCUAAUCUAUUUAAUGAAAAGGAAAAAAAAAAAUACGAAAAACUAAAGCUAGAAUUUGAAGUUUCAAACUUUCAGGAUGCAUUAAAACAAGGAAAUAUUGAUUUGGCUAGACAGUUUGAAAUUCAGGCAAAUAUUAUUGGUAAUGUAGCGAUCCUAGAUUCGACCUUACUUUUAGAUCUUUGCAGAAUGAUUUACAAUGCAAUAUUGACGUUAAGAGAAACAUCACUUGAAGACAUUAAUUACAUUAAUUACUUUUUGCAAAGAGCUUGCGAAUAUUUGGAAUUAGAGGUUCCCUCAUUAAAAACUCAUGCUGAUUAUAGUAGCUUAAGAUAUUCAAUUCUAUUACUACUUGCCAACAGCCAGGUGGACCAAAACAUCGAAACAUGGGACAUAUCCAAGUGUGCAAUGUCCCUAAGGGUUCUGCAAAACGAAUAUCCCAAAAAGGUAGAGCCCUAUUCCCUGGGAAUUGAUUUCUGCAAGAAGAUGGGCGGCUCAAGUGUACCACAAGGAAUUAAAGAAAUCAUUAUGAGGAUGAUCAGUUCAGUGGAUAUCCUUCUCAAUUUUGACGCUAGUAUGGGGAUAAUAAACGAGUUUGCAAAUCUGGAUACAAGACUGGCAUUAGAAUGCCUAGACUAUAUUUUCAUAAACAAAUGGGAUCCUGAAAGGGAUCAUAAAUGGUUAGAGAAACUCUUCAUCUUCAGAUUUUUCCUGACAACGCAAUCAAAACAUUUGAAUAAUACUGAAAUUAUUCAAAAUUUAGAGGAAUAUUGCAGCCAAGCGGAACGAAGAUUAAUGGAUGUUUUGUCCAAACACGCAAUGUCGAGCGUUAUAACGCUACUUUGGAAUUCAGGUAAAAAAUCGGAAAAGACUGGAAAAUACUUGGAAAGCAUUGGUUUUUAUAGGAUUGCAUUGAAGAAUUUCAUAAGUCAAGAAUAUGCUGAUAGAGGUAAACUUCAAAGGGCUCUCAUGUUUGUUUAUAUUCAAGUAAAGGAAUUCAAACAGUGCGAAGAGUUGUAUGAAAAAAUGGCAACCGCUGACAAACAUUCACCCCUGACACAAUUGCUUAUAUUGAAAAUAUUUCUCAACCAAUCAAAGGAGAAGUCCUGUCUUGAAUGCUUGGAGCAGAUCAAAGCAUCAGGGCAUGAAAAUGCCAUGGAUACAUUAAUUCUUGCCGUCUCCGAAUGCAGAGCAUCCAAACAAUUGGCGGUAAAGGCAAUAUCGAUUCUCUUUGAAGCAAUUGAAUCACAGCAAGUCCCAGAACAAAAAUUGGUCCAAUGGUCAGUACCUACUUUGUGUUUAUUACGUUACACUUCACAACUCAUUUUGAAAUUUGUCGAGGAUGAACAACAGAAUAUCUUUACCUAUUAUCUGCCCACCAUGCAGAAUCUCUUACAGAAAGCCCUCGAAUAUUUAAAUCGAAUAAAAACUAUGAAAAGAUUCCACGAAACCGUUGAUUCCAUGCCGCAGUAUCAAGAGGGCACAUCUGUAGAUGAAAUCGAAUGGUUUGCUUCAACCUCGUAUAACCUUGCACUUAAAUGCGUUGCCGAAAAUAUGGACGAUACCAAUAGCCUAGAUUUUGCCCAGUUAUCCAGGAAAUUUAUACUAUUGAUCCCACAUAAAGAAUUCACUUUCCCCAAAAUGUUCCAUUACACCUAUUGGGAAUUCAGAUCUCAUCUGUUGUACUUGACCAUAAUUCAAACCAGGAUGUACAGAGGUAACCCAGAUGCUUUACUCCAGGUUCAAAUAGAAUCCUUGACGCUGAUGAACGACAUUUCACAGAAGAGAAACCGCCAAGAUUUUAAAGAUGGAUGCGGCUCUUAUGAGAAUGAGAAAAUGGACGGAUGUCUUAGCGAUGCGCUAUUGUUAGCUUUUGAGGCAAGUCUGCAGAUGCAAGAUCAGAUAAAAAUAUCAGAGAUAUUGAUAACGACAGCACAAUGGCAAAAUCCUCAAAUUGAAAUCCUUUUAACUGAUUCUGCAAUUUCCAUGUACGAGUUGCCAAGAGGUUUAUUCAUGGAAACUAUCGAGCCGCUGAUCCAAAGGAAUGUGGAUAAUCAUCUAAUCGAUGAUUUUAAAAUUUGUCAAUGGCUAAGAACCUUUCUUGACUGCGCGCUAACCUUGGGGAAAACAUCGCAGCUUGAUCUUACAGAACGUUUACUAGAAAGAAUUAAGGAACCUCUCGCAAAUCCUGAUACAUCGAAUACAGACCAAUUGAAGCAAGAGGUCGAAAUGAUAGCUACUUUAAGCUGGAAUCAGGGAGUCAAUUCCAUCAUCAAAGGCGAAAAAACUUUGGGAAUGGCAUGGUGUCGUACUUCUAUCCAAUUCGCUAGUCUGUACAGUGACCAUCUAGAGACACAAUUACAGAAACUAUGGAAUUCUCUAGCAUCAUCUGCCGAAUUAAGAUAUGACUGA